AUGUCCUUCUCCAGACAACGCACGAUCCCUCCGCCGCCCCAGCCUCAAGGAUUUUUCAGUUCUACUUUCCGAGCUCCUCCACUUGAUGGGUCACUCACCAUUCUGGAGAUCUAUGCAUGGCAUCUUCAGCAUUCCCCCAACCAUCGGAUGUUCGUGUAUGCUCGCGAAGAUGGAAGUGUACGGACAAUAAACUGGGCAGAGGCUGUAGCAGCCAUAUAUACCGGCGCACAACUGAUGAGAAGACGGAUCCCAUUUGAGGCAAAGCCGCCGGUGGUGGCCAUUCUGUCUUUGUCCGAUACUAUAACAUAUUUUGUCACGAUGAUGAGUUUGUUGCGUGCAAACUACGUUUUCUUCCCUAUCUCGCCUCGAAAUUCGCCCGUUGCAGUAGCGCAUCUUCUCCACAAGGUCGGCGUGCAAUACGUUCUUGUUGGCCAGGACGCGUCAAUGCAGGAUCUUGCAAACGAAGCUCUUGAAAUCUUGAAAUCACGAUACUCGCUAGAUACGUUGCCAGAAUUAUCCUCCAUUCCGAUUUUUGAGGAUUACUUCCAAUCUCAAUGGGAGCGAAGCAUUGAUGCGGAACUUGAUAUACCUCUAUUACCUACGGAUCCAGACUCCGUUGCUUUCUACUUACAUUCGUCGGGCUCAACCGCGUACCCAAAGCCAAUAGCCUGGACACACCAUCGAGUGCUCCAAAUGGGUUUGAUACCCUGUUUCGGGGAAAGGGAUUUAUGUAACGUUCUUUUCUCUUUCCAUGUUGUACCCAUGUACCACGGCAUGGGCGUUCUACAGCUCCUCUGGACGGCCUCGUCUGGCUUGGCCGUCAGUACUUUUGAACCCAGAUCACCUGCCAUUCUCCCGACACCGGAAAACUUGUUUGAUUCUGCAAGGACAGUCCAAAGUGAUGUUGUCUUCUGUGUUCCAUCCUUCAUUGAGGCAUGGUCGCGACGGCCAGAAUAUGUUGAAUGGCUUUCUACUCGUUCAGGCGUGCUUUACAGCGGCGGGCCUUUGAACAAGGAAGUCGGAGACUACAUGACAUCCAAGGGCAUCUCUAUUUUCAUUUUCUACGGGUCGACCGAAGGUGGGGCCAUGAGCCCUAUCUUACCUGUCCAAGUAGAUUAUGACUGGGACUACUUCCGAUUUCCUGGGCUUGUCACACCAGAAAUGAUUCCCAGUGGAAAUAAUUCGUAUGAACUUAUAAUGGUGUCGAAUCCUUUUUGCCAGCCGAGCGUUCUUAAUACUAAAGUCAAUGGCGUUGAUGCUUAUGCAACUUCGGAUCUCUUCAUUUCACACCCAACUAAGCCAGGGUUUUGGAAGGUUUUCGGACGGACCGAUGAUCAGAUUAUACACAACACAGGAGAGAAGACAAAUCCAGGACCUCUAGAGAACAUACUUAACCAAGACCCUUACGUUCAUGCCUCAGUCAUGUUUGGUCGUGGAAAGUUCCAGGCUGGUAUACUCGUCGAGCCAAAGCGUGAAUUCAGCUUUUAUCCUGCUGACAUCGUCCUGCUGGGCCGGUUUCGCAACCAGAUAUGGCCUACUGUCGAAAGGAUGAAUAAAUUCGCCCCUCAGCAUUCGCGUCUAUUCAAAGAGAUGAUCCUUGUCGCUAAACCAGACAAGCCUUUCACAUACACUGCAAAAAAUACGGCACGGCGUCAAGUGAUACUCGAAGAUUACAGCCAGGAAAUUUCAGACCUCUAUAAAACCGUUGAGGAAAGCACACAAACUAGUAUUUCGUUGCCUUUGGAAUGGGAUACCAAGUCCACAAAAGAUUUUGUGCGGACCGUCGUUUUACAGGUUCUUUCCCAUUCCGUUCUUGAUGACGAUGACCUAUUUCAGCAUGGGUGUGAUAGCUUGCAAUCCACAUGGAUUCGAAAUUCGUUGCUUCGCGCCCUUCGAGAUACGGUGCAAUUCGACACUCGUCAGAUAACGGAUAAUUUUGUUUAUACGCACCCGACGAUCUCACAACUCGCUGCAUUCCUAUACUCCUUAGCUCGUGGAAAUACUGAUGUCGUUCGUACCGAGCCUGACUUGCGAGUCAACGCUAUGCAUGCCAUGGUGAAGAAGUACGCAAAGGGUUUGCCUAAUGGCACUAGCAGUACACCUUCACCGGUAACAUCAGGCAAAAUCGUCCUGGUAACGGGCACAACAAGUUCAUUGGGAAGUCAUAUACUAGCCAACCUAGUCUUAGAUACGAGCGUAGACCGCAUCUACGCUGUGAACAGGCCGGCGAAACUCACACUGUCGGAUAGGCAACGGGAAGCAUUUGUUUCACGCGGGCUCGAUGUUGACCUACUGGAUUCAGAUAAAGUGGUGCUAGUACAAGCCGAUAUAUCAGAGGAAACCGAUUUUUCCAACAAGUUGCCUGAGUCAAUAACAUACAUCAUUCACAAUGCCUGGCGUGUCGAUUUCAACUUAAGUUUGUCCUCCUUUGAAUCCAACAUCCGCGGACUACGUAAUUUGAUUGACCUUGCUCUCAAAACGCAAGGCCGGCUGAUAUUUACGAGUUCUAUUGGGGUCUUCCUAAAUGCUUCUGAAGAGGAUUUACUGUCCGAAGGCCCCACCCUCCCAGAAAUGGCGCUGGGAACUGGAUAUGGAGAGUCUAAGUGGGUCUCAGAAGAACUUUUGCGCACUACAGAGGGCCUACGCUAUUUGGUCAUCCGUGUUGGUCAACUGAGUGGUGCUGCAAACGGGACUUGGAACGUGAAUGAAUGGGUUCCAGCGAUGGUCCAGGGUGCCACCAAGCUUGGGUGUCUCCCUGGUGGAGAUAGGACUAUCUCCUGGGUUCCUGUCAACAUGGCAGCUCAGGCAGUCGUUGACUAUGUUGACCGACCUGAAUUCUUCGUCCAUCUGGUAAAUCCUAAACCUGUUCUAUGGCAAGAUAUAGCCAGCAUUAUCUCAGCCGAGCUAGACGUCAUGCUGGUCCCGUACACUCAGUGGUUGGAUGAGCUAGAGAAAUCAUCUCUAAGUGCUGCAGUGUUACCUGCCAUCCACAUACUUCCAUACUACCGUCAUAAUGCAAAGACAGCAAAUCUCAAAAAUCGAGAGGCAUUUGGCUUGCCCAGAAUCGCUGUCCAAGAUAUGGCGUUUCCACAGAUAGGUAGAGAAGAUGUGGAAAGAUGGUUAGCGUACUGGCGUAGGGCGGGGUUGCUUUGA